GCUCCAGUUCCUGUGGAGGUUACCAUAGCUACGGUGCACACAGCCACUCCGCCUACCUAUUUGGGACUCUGCUGGCGGGAGGGAAGGGGAGGCACCAUGAGCCAAACCGUGACCAUCCAGGAGCCCCGGACCAAGCAGCGGGGCCCCAAAACCCGUUGCGAGGUGAAGUCGGAGGCCAGGGGCCAACUCUUCAACGGCCGAACGUAUGAUUACCUGUACGAUCCAUUGUUUACUGUGUCAAGUGAGCAAGACCACACACACGCAAAUGUCCAAGCAUUCCUGAGUCGAAGCAGACUGAGGAAAGUUCCCAGGUUUAGAAACAUGUUCAGUAACCUGAUCCAUUACCCAAGACAUUCUAUAUACUGGAGCAAGGCAGAUCCCGUCCCACCAUUCAUCAAUCGGGAAUGGAGGGGACAUGAGGAGAAACAGAGAAAAGCCCUCCAACAACUUGGCGUAUAUGACACUUCUUUUCAAAUGCCUAAAGAGGUUUAUGAAGAUCCUGAUGUCACUGGGAAGAAUCGCUAUAGAUAUUUUGAGAGGCCUUUCCUUCCAUAUUAUCAAGAGACGCCGCCCAAUGUUGUUUUGGCAUCAACCAUAUCGGAGACAUAUACUUUUCCUCCUGCUUCGUCUAAGCACCAACCCAGUCCUUCAAAGUAUACUGUGGGCACUCAGACGGAUUAUCGUGAUUCUGAAGCUCAAACAGAUCCGUAUUCUCCAGAAUAUGUAGUAUGUCAGGAUUCAAUCCCUGAGCUCUUGACCCUGGCUACUCUGACUUGGGGUCGCGGUCUCCCGGCAGGUCAGGCUGAGGUGGAGAUGAUAGAACGAGCCCGGGAGAAGCGUGCCUGGGAAGCCACACUGCCGUCUCUGACUGACACCGCCCAGUUUGAGAAGAGGAGGAGGAUGAUGAAUGAGAUGGAGAGGAAGGAGUGGGCCUUCCGAGAGCAGGAGAUUGAAAAACUGCAGGAGAUUCGCCUGGAAGUUCUAAAAGAGCUGCUGAGGAAGCGUCUCAAGACAAACAAUGAAACGGCUAUGAAGCACCUGAAUACCCAAUGGUCUAACCUGCAGGAGGCAAAGGAGGCAAAACUGGCAAAAAUUCGUCGUGCACAUGUAUCAGCAAUCAGAAAACUUAUGGGAAAGAGAGAGAAUGUAGAAGAGAAGUUCCAGAGAAGAAAUAUCAUCAAGGACUAUUCUGAUUAUGCAUCACAGGUCUAUGGACCUCUGUCUCGCCUUGGUCGUUUUCCAGACAAUGAGGAGAACUUUGUAGUAAAAAAUCGCUUUCUCGACACCUAUGAAGGAUUAGUGGAACUGGAGUCCUGUCUCCCAGAUUUUGUGACUCAGCCCCGAAUCAAAGCUCCAAGACCUAAAACCACAACCACCAAAGCUGGCUUUCUGAAGAGGGCAGCAAAGCUGGAGAACGAGUUGGCAGAGGUUCAUAAGAUCCUGUUGGAUAAGAGGAAUAGAGUUCCCGAACCAAAGAAACCUCUGCUCUUCCUUCAAAGAAAGCCAAUACCUCAACCUAGGCUUCCAACUCCAACCUUGGAAAUGACUUCCAAUGAAGAAGAAGAUAUAGAAAAGGCUGUUAUCUUCCUUCAGAAGUUACUCCGGGGCAGAGUUAUUCAGAACGUGAUGUUUGAAGGGAAAGAAAAGCGGCUGGAGCUGAUCCAGGAGCUGCGCACCACCCACGCGCUGCAGGAGGACGACCGGCUGGUGAGGAAAAUGGAGAAGCAAGUGACGCUGGCCCUGCAGCGGCAGAGGAACCUGCACGAGCACAAGGUGUCGCUAAUUGAAAACCAUCUGGCCGGACUGGAAGGAAGGGCGCUGGCAGACAUGUUCGACUUCCUGUCCAAAGAGCUGGUGAGACUCCAGGAAGAGAGGAGGAUCCACGCCUUUGCCAUGCUGGCCGAGCGGCAGCGGAGGAUGCGGGAGGCCGAGGAGAGUGGCCGGCGCCAGGUGGAACAGAGGCGCCUGCGGGAGGAGGACGAGAUAUUUAAGGAGGUGGUUAAAGUUCACCAGAGUACUAUAUCUUCAUAUCUGGAAGACAUAAUUCUGAACACCGAAGCGAAUACUGCAGAAGAACAAGCCAGGGCGGAAAUUGAGAAGAUGGCUCAGGAAAUCAAUGACAUUGCUUAUGAAAUGGAAAACCGUCGAACUCAGCUUCAGUCAGAGGAGAUUGUUGCCGAGUUGGUUUAUAGUUUCCUGAUCCCAGAGGUGCAAAAGGACUUCGUCAAAGAAAAAGUGAGGAACGCACAGCGGAAGCAUAUUCUUGCAGCCCAUCAGAUAAUCCACGGGUACACAGGAGACAUGCUUGCAAGGGACUUUGCUGAGGAACCACAAGAUGAGGACUCAGACAUUGACGAGUUCCUUAAGUAAAAACCCCAAAGUGAGAAAGACAGCUAAGGUGAGUUUGAUUUUUCCAUUUGGAAGGAAAUAGAGAGGAGGGAACAUAGCAUUAUUCAUAUAUAAUAAUAAAAGCAUGAAAUGCAAAUCAGCCAAAUGGCAGAACAGCUGAACGACCGUCUGGACAACCACACUAUGACACCAGGCCAGCCAAGGUGGGUGCGAUGCCACUGGUUGGGGGCCCCGCCAUUGCCCCAUGAUCACCUCUCGGAGCUCCAUGACCCAUCGCCCCCCGGAGGGAGGCCCAGGCUACCUGGCCCGCGGCGCUGUGUUGGGUGAGCGGGGCCUCCCUCUGUGGGGCAUCGAUCAAGGGAUUCCCAGACCUUGAGCAGGUACAGGCCGGGCUGAGGGACCUCCCCCAUUCCUCCCCCCAGUGCAUGAAUUUUGUGCACGGGCCUCUAAUACUCUAAUCAUCAUCAUGUGAAAAGAUUGCCCAUUGUUUAAGAAGAUGAAAUACUUAAAUCGGCAUAUUCCAUCUAAGAUAUGGAAUAUGCUAUUGAAAUGUAAAAGAAUAUAGUAGAUAUUAGAGCAGCUGGACUCUUGUGACCAGAAAACGGGACUCGGGAUUAUUUUUAUGAUUUCUUUUAGCGUGUGACUGUACUUAUCACAAAUAAAGCUGGAAAAAAAAAAAGAGCUUGUUCUCAUGGAGGUUCCCCUAUUGCAUUGUGCCAGUUGUAAGCAUAGCACAAGGCACAGCCUGCCUGAUUCCAGCUCAGAUGCCUUCUGCAAUGUCCACCAGGGGUUGGGUUUAGGCUCAACUAAAUAGUCACAUGCAUGGACUAACAUGGACCACGUUUGAUAGGAUUUGUGUAUCAGUAUACUCAGCAAGAUACAAGGCAGGAACCACAGCGUCCAGCAGAGGCUCAGGCAGUUCUCUUCCUGUGGGAGCUCUUGUGUAGCCACACAGAAGAACACAGCCACAUUCUUUAGCCCCCAGGUUACAUAGUUCAGGGACAAGGAAAAGAGAUUCACAUUAAGUGGGUGCAGGAGUUGUCUGGUUUACGUGCCCCAGGGCCAGUAUCGCUUGCAAUAAUUCCACAGGCAGAGUUUCCAGGGUCCCCAAUGGAUUUGCCCAGUUACAAAAGUCAGCACACUCAGGGAAACUCAAAGCUACAGUUUCCUAUUCAGUAUUAACAAUUCACUUAUAACCCUUCCCAGUAAGAUUCUAGUUACCACUCAGGGUCAAUUUUGCCUCAAGUAGUGUUGGUAAAUUCCUGACACAUAUCCCCUAUCAGAUUACUAGGAGAACAGAGCUAAAGAGUCAAUUGAAACUAAAAUUCUCAUGAAAAGGGAAAAUGGAGUGAACCCUUUGCCUCUAUCUUCUCCCUCACCCUCCCAUGGCAGAGGCACAUCAUUCGCUGUUGGGCCUGAGGGUAUGCUGUCAGGUUAGGGAAGGAGCCAAAGUUUAGGGGGGAAAUUGAGCCUCGUGGUCAGAAGGAUUGGGGGUUGGCCAUCUCUGCCACCAACUGUAGAAUCUUAUACAAUUAAUUUCUUCUCACUUGAGGCAUGCUCAUGCUCAUGUGACUGAGAGACCCUCUUGGGGGAAUCUGCUGGGACUUUAAGUCUUAGUAAAAGAGGGUCAUGGAAGGAGGGUUGAGAUGAGAGGGCAGAGAAGAAAAAAAGCAGAAGAAAAACUGAUAAAGGACUCUUAAAUAUCAGGCUGUGGAUAUCAUUAUAGCAGAAAAGCUUUUUUUAUUUUUAAUAUACUUUUAUUGAUUUCAGAGAGGAAGGGAGACAUAGAAAUAUCAAUGAUGAGAGGGAAUCAUUGAUUGGCUGCCUCCUGCACACCUCCCACUGGGAAUUGAGCCCACAACCAGGCAUGAGCCCUGACCAGGAUUCGAACAAUAACUCGCUGGUUUACAGGUUGAUGCUCAAAUAUCGAGUCACACAAGUCAGACAGUAAAGCUUUUUUUUUUUUUUAAUUAAUAAUGAAAUAACCUCUGAAAUCAUUGAAGAUAUAAUCCAUAUAUUUGUAUGCAUGUUAUAUGCUAUCUGCAUAAUAUAAAUUCAAGGACCAAAGCAUUUUGACUAUCAUUAUUGUGAUAAAAGUCAACCUUGUUGUUGGGAUAGUCAUUUUUCUUAAAUGUAAUGAGAUUAAUAACUUACAUAGUUGAAUUGAAUACAUCCGAAUUUACUUCUUAGCAUAACACACCUGUUCUAUGACAUCCAUGGUGAUCUGUGAAAUCAAGCCACAGGAGUGUUAAAAUGAUUUUUUCCUUUAUGCUUACUGAAACUAAAAUACAUUUUAUUGAAACCCAUUAUAGUUAUAAAGUAUAGUUAAAAACAUAGUCGCCAAGCUAUUGUAAAUAAAUACACUCAGCAAGAAAGAGCAACCAAUAAAUGAAUAAAGUAUCUUCUUAACACUCGAUUGAAUGUUUGGAACAUGAUGCCUAAUGGCCCCCAUUGUAUAUAUUUCUCCUUCUUCCUUCUCUCAGAGGGAAGAUGGGGAGGACAGCUGAGAGAUUUUAAUAAUGCUGAGAGAAAGGGGCAGUAGGCAUGGACCACUGAUUAACAUUUUUUAAACCAGCUUGAAGACAAUAAAGAGCUAAUAAAGUAGUGAGGAAUUUCUGGGCAGAAAUUUAGGAGAAGACAAAUUCAGAGCAUUGGCGCUGGCCUUUGGAGUCACUUUUUUUUUAACCAGAAGGAGUAUGCAACUUCUUAAAAAAACAUGUGGCUGAAAGACUUAACAGUGCUUUUACCAACUUUGUCAAACUAGGAGGACAAAAAUCUGGAGUCAACAUUGUGGCUCUGGUGACUCCUCCAUCUGGGCUGGGACUCGGAAGGGCUGUGCCAUGGUAGUAAGGUUGCUUGGGUGUAGAACAAGCAUGUCAGACUCGCAGCCCGCUGGCUGAAUGUGGCCCACAACACAUAUUUCUGCGGCCCAGCCAAUGUGACAGUAUGUAAAAAACGUUUUAAUAAAAAUUUCAUAACUUCAUUUUUACAAGAUCCUGUUAUACAUAAUUAUUAGUAAUGAACUACAACUUUCGCUAAGGACUGAUUACUAUAAUCCUGUUGCAUUCAUUUCCCUUUCACACCUUACAUGCAGGCGCACAAUAUCUCUCCACUAAUAUUAGCAGCGCAUAUUUUAGCAGCCCAUUGCCACGUCAUUAGUCUUGUACUGACUUGUUUGGUGUGCAAAACAGGAAAUAUUUUGCUUUUGUAGAACAAGAAAAAUAGGUUUGUUUGGGUUACACUUAUUAAUUUGUGCAGUUAUUCAGUG